AUUUAAUCAAUUAAAGAAUCUUUUUUCAAAUUGUUUAUACUAUAUUUCUAAUGUUGAUAGGAAGCUAGCUCUGCUUCGCCACACUCAAACAUACUUUUAUGGCGCCAAUUUUUUAUGUUGUUUCGUUCGUAGAAUUACGAAUUCUGUCUGUACUAUGAUGGAUGACAAUUAUAAUUUAGAAUCUCUGGUUGAAUUUUUGGGAGAGGAUUCAUCAGAAGAUGAAGAAGUAAAGGAUCAAAGCACUGCUGAUUUUUCCAAAAACUGCAGUAAAUCUCUCACAAAAUCCACUACAUUGAGAAGUAAUGUUCUGGGAAAUAACCAACCAACUCCCUUCUCUGAUCCUCAUUCCAGUUCCCAAGAGAAUCUUCUGGAUGAGCUACAGAAAAUGAGAGAACGUAUGCAAGAACUAGAACAGAAAUUACAGCAACAAAACUCAAUACCGUCACAGCCAGUAAAUUCGAAUUUACCUCAAACCAACUCUGAUCCUAAGCCUCAUAGUUUGCUUAGUGCCGAAGUCGAUCUGUUUACCUCAGAAGGUCAGUCAAGACACGUUUCUUGUUCUAAAACCUCACCAUCUCCUUCAUCUGUGUCUGUCAAACUUUCCACUUCCUUAGUGAAUAACGGCAGUGAAUCUUCGACUUUAAAAAAUGAAUUGUUUGGUGAUAGUGAUAGUGAUUGGGAAGAUUUGGAGGGAGAGAAACCAAAAUUAAGUGAAGAGGGUAAUCAAAUGAAGAAAUUACUGAAAAAGUCUGCAAACCAACGAAUCGCCCAUUCGGCCACGCAUGAUGUGGCAAGCCUGCGAGCGAAAGCUGUGAAGACGAAAUCACCAGUUCAAACUAUCAUUAAUAUUGAAAAACAGUUUAAUGGGCAAUCUGACCCAAAAGCAAACGUUUUCACAAAUACAACUGCUGCUAAUAACAAUUGUGAUACAGAUCCUUUUUCAGGAAUUCGUAUUGUUAAUCCCAAAGUAUCCUCUUCCACCAUGAAAAUACGAAUGCAAGAUAGGCGAAUGAUUAAAUUAUCUCACAUCCAUAAUAAAAAUCCAAAGGAAUUAUCUGAAUGUGACUGGGUAACUAUUGCAGUUGUGGUACAGAAAGGGGAACCAAGGAAAUCUUCCAAAGGAAAUACAUAUAGUAUAUGGAAAUUGAAUGAUUUACAGAACUGUGAGGAAAAUGUUUCGUUUUUCUUGUUUGGUGAAGUGUAUAAAACUCACUGGAAAUUGGCUGUUGGUAGUGUAAUUGGUUUAUUAAAUCCAAACAUGAUGGAUAAAUCUGAAAGAAAGCAAUCUGAUAUUGCUUUCACCAUUAGCCAUCCCAAUAAAUUAAUGGUUAUUGGUAAGUCUGCUGAUUUGGGGACAUGCCAACAACGGAAGAAGAAUGGUGCUCCAUGUACAAAUACUGUGAAUAAGAUGCAAGGAGAAUUCUGUGUCUAUCAUGUCACUAGUGCUUAUAAAUUAACUUGUGCUAAAAGGAGUGAAUUAAAUAGCUACACUGGUGUCACUCCUAAAUGCUUCAACAAGAAGGCUCUGCCUAAGGGAGGGAUGUUUUUUUAUCAAGGUAAAUCUUAUACAUCAUUACCCUUCGGCAAUACACAGCAAAAAGAUAAAAUUACUGUGAGCAAACUGCAACAUCAACAGAAUAAGAUGGGACAAGCUAGGCUGUCGACAAUGAGUCUUCAGAAGAUUGGCAACAAAGAUCAGGCCAUUCUUAAUAAACUUUCUUCAGAUAAGGAUCAGGCAUUCUUAGAUAUACUGAGUACACCAUCAGUUGGGUCAAUGAACCUCGUGAAACAUUUACUGAAGAAAGAGAAGUUUGCAGCAGAGUCUGGAACAAAUGCCUCUGUUGUUUCUAUCAGCCCAUCAGAACUUCUCAAGAAACACAAACAACAAAUGGAAGUGAAAAAAAAAAUCACUAAACUGUCUAAUCCAGUUUUAGGGAGGGGUUUACAAACUGGAUUAAACAUUAACUUAGAUUGUGUCAAGCCAGGAUCCUCAAAUUCUUCUGAAAUAUCAAGAAUGUUGGCUGUCAAGAAAAUCCAAAGUAGUGGAGGGCUUCAGAAAGAAGAUCCUAAUGCUGUCCGUAAAGAAAAGAAUUUAAAAGUUAUGGAAAAGAUUAAGAAAAGGAUCUCCGAAGACUUACAACCAUCGACAGAAGAGGUGUCUGCUUCACAGCCUCCUCAAGCUAAGAGAUCAAAACUAUUAGGAAAUAUUGACUUAAAUUCAUCAGAAAUAAAGAAACUGAUGAAAUUAAAGUCAUCCCAUUCUGGUGCCAUUACAGAAAUGGAGAAUGAAAAACAGGAGAAUUACUUCAAUACUUUGGAGAAGAAAGAGGCAUGUGAAGUCAAAAUGCAAUCUAUAACUGAAGUAAAAUGUACAUUAUUCAGCUGCAAGUUGUGCCGCUAUACUGCAUUAUCUAUUGGUGAUAGGUGUAAGAAAGAACGCCAUCAUGUGAAGAAACAUCAAGGCAUGAAACGAUUCUUCAGAUGUCGUAAAUGUAAAACUCGUCGCAUUGCUUUUACACUGAUGCCUAAAGAUCCUUGCAACGAAUGUGGUGAACAUAACUUUGAAAAAACCUCAAUGAUGCCUGAGAAAUCAGGCCCUAAACUUCAAUCAGAACAACUCUCCUUGCGAGGGGAUGAAGCAAAGAAUUUGAAUAGUUUGUCUUAUAAUAUAACUGCUUCCAUUGAACUCUAAUUUGGAAUUAUUUUCACACCUAAACAUUACUCAUAAAUUUGAUAUUUUUUUACCAUGUGUUUCAUAAAGUCUAGCACUUUAUUCCCAUACAUUCAUUUUUAGUGAAUGUCGGAAACAUUUUCAUUUUGAUAACUCACUGCUGCCAUGUAUGAAUGUGCAUAUAUAUAUAGUCCUGUAAAUCCUUUUUAUCAAUCAUAUAUCUUUGUAAACAUUUAUUUAUAAAGUAUUUAUUUUUUCAAA